CAAACUUUCGAUCCCCACUGUCUGCAGUCUCUGGUAAUCUCCUUUACUGUCUGCAGUCUCUGUUCAACCUCUGCACUGUCUGCAGUCUCUGGUCAUCUGUACUAUGUCCACAGUCUCUGGUCAUUCCCUGUACUAUGUCCGCAGUCUCUGGUCAUUCCCUGUGCUAUGUCCGCAGUCUCUGGUCAUCUCCUGUACUGUGUCCGCAGUCUCUGGUCAUCUCCUGUACUAUGUCCGCAGUCUCUGGUCAUCCCCUGUACUGUGUCCGCAGUCUCUGGUCAUCCCCUGUACUAUGUCCUCAGUCUCUGGUCAUUUCCUGUACUAUGUCCGCAGUCUCUGGUCAUCCCCUGUACUAUGUCCGCAGUCUCCGGUCAUCCCCUGGACUAUGUCCGCAGUCUCUGGUCAUUCCUUGUACUGUGUCCGCAGUCUCUGGUCAUCCCCUGUACUGUGUCCGCAGUCUCUGGUCAUCCCCUGUACUGUGUCCGCAGUCUCUGGUCAUCUCCUGUAUUGUGUCCGCAGUCUCUGGUCAUCCCCUGUACUAUGUACGCAGUCUCUGGUCAUCCCCUGUACUAUGUCCGCAGUCUCUGGUCAUUCCCU